AUGCCAUUAGCUAAAGACUUAUUGCAUCCAACAAUCGAUGAGGAACGUCGAAAACACAAAUUGAAACGUUUAGUUCAAAGUCCAAAUUCAUAUUUUAUGGAUGUUAAAUGUCCGGGUUGUUAUAAAAUAACAACAGUAUUCAGUCAUGCACAAACUGUUGUUUUAUGUGUUGGCUGUAAUUACGUGUUAUGUUCACCAUCUGGAGGUAAAGCUCGUUUAACAGAAGGUUGUUCAUUUCGAAAAAAACGUGAUACACCAAUGGCAAGGAAAGAUGAUACGGAUCGUAAUUAAAUAAUAUCAACAACAACCAGUGACUAUGAAGAAAAAACCAAAAAAGAAAUAAUAACCACUGAUUAUGCCUUGCAAAUUUCAUUUAAUUAAACAACGAACGGAUAAUACCGUGUAUGUGUAUCGUGAAUUGUUUUGUGUUGCUGUUUUUUAUACAGAGAAAGAUUAAACGGUAUUUUCUUGUUAUUUAUUUUAUAUUGAGCUAUAAAGCAAAUGAUUAGUUUUGAGUUUAUUGAAUGAAUAAAUUUGCAAGCAUGGUCUAAUAAAUAGUUUAAAACAAUAUCGUUGAAUGAAAUACAAAGUGUACGGACUAAAAUUUCGGUUAAAAUAAGGGAGUAGGUAACAAAUUCAAUAUGU